GCGACCUCUAACUAACAAACUUUACUUAAGCAUAAAUGAAAUGGCUGUGCACACACAAAAUUACUUUGAUGAAUCAACGUUGGUAGAUUGAACAAAAACAGUGAAAAAUAUAAAGGCUAGUUAGUUUCAUAAUUUUCUAUCAUUAAAAAACAUAAUGCUGGGAUAAUGUUAUCAACAAUUCCAAUAAAUAUACACAUCAAUAACAAUAUCUUGUAAAUUUCUUCAAAUAAAAAAAGUAUCUACUUUGAUUCACUUCUCUUAGAAUAUUCAUUUUUCUUAAGAUAUCUGGUGGUGUAAAUGUGCUCAAUGAAAUCAGUGGAUCAAUUCAAAGCAUCAUCGUGAUUGUGUGCGUACAUGUCUGUAUCACUAAACUUCGCACAACAUACACGUAUACUCAUUAAUAUAUAUUUGUGUGUUAACAGUAUACACAAACCCAAAAUGUACAUACAUAUUUAGGCUUAGAUAAAAUAUAAAUUAUUGCAGGGUAACGAUCGAUCGUGUUAACGUCAUAGCUAGUAUACAAACAAACACAGAACUUGGAAAUUCAUCUAUGAAUAUAUGCACAAACAUAUUUGAAUAUAAAUACGUGUAUAUAUAUGUAUGCAGAUAUAGAUAGAUGCGUGUGUGUGUGUGUUGACGCGUGUUAUAUAUACACAUGCGCAGACUACCAUGUUUAAAAUUUUGUAGGUAUAUGGUCAUAAUCUAAUAUACUUUGGUGAAGGUGGUGUUUAUGUGCUCAUCACUGUGUUGAACAAUGAAUGGUUUGGAUUGGAUUACUAUGAUUACUACUCUGGAUAUUUUUUCUUGUGGUCUACUUUCAAAUGUGUGAUUAUUUAUGAUUCAUACAGCAUUAUUAUUACACUUUUUAACAGAAAUUUGAAGAAAAAAAAGUGACGUGGAGAUUACAGUGCAACGGUCAACUGAUUACCAGUUAGGUAAUAAACAACGUAUUAAAACAUGAUAAUUAAAAGUGAAUUAACCGGAUGUAAAAUUGAAUUAAUUGAUUGUUUCGGUGAGCAUCAAUCACAGUUAUUUUAUCGUGGAAUACGUGUACACAAUCCAUGUUGGAAUAAAUAUGCCAAAUCACAAUUGGAUAUUCAAUUAGGAUCUACUAUGCCUUUGGAUAUAAGUGAUGAUUAUAAUGAACCUGUUCUAUGUAUUCCUAUACAUUUCUUUCAACGUCUCAAUGAUAAACAAGGACGACAACAUCGUCGGACAGGUGGAAGUGGAGGAUCUAGCAAUGAAUAUAUUCAUUCUCAACACAAUUAUCCUAAAUCUUCUUUGCACAAUAUGGAUUACAAUGAUAAUAAUGAUAGUUUUAGAUUAUCUACUAUAAAAUCGAAUGAUGACCAGUUUAGUCAUCAAAUGACAAAUUCACUUUCGACUCGAAGUGAGUCUAAGGUUAAUACUUCUCUAGUUAACAAUGCAUUGGCUACAAUACGUAUAUAUUUCCCUGUGAAAUUAAUGAAAUCAGCCAAUGAAUUGAAAAUUAGUUCGGAUCUUAAAAAACGUUUCCAUCUCCCUCCACAUUUACACGAAUUUGUCGCCUAUCCGGAAUUGUUAACACUGCCAAUUGAUCAGUUAAGUAUCUGCAUUCUAAAAGGAUUAUCAACAGCACAUUCACUAGUGCAAUAUACUUUACCAGUACCAAAGGAAUUGUACAACUUGAAGACAAGUCAGUUGACACAUCAAAUCCAUAAUGAUAAUAAUGAUACCAAUAAUAUGGAUGAUGAUGACAAUAGUAUCAGGUCUCAGGAAGUAGCAGAAAAUGAUGGGCAGACAUCAUUGCCAUCAUCGUCGCCGUCAGCGGAACAGGAUGUGGUGGAGACACGUUUCCUAAUUACCAGUCGUGGUGUUUACAAUCGGAUUAAUGCAUUGAUGCAAAUAAGAAGGGAGAAAAUGGUCGUUAUGCCAAAACGUGUUAACUGGUCACUAGCCUCUUCAACUGGUCAUAGAGAUUUAUCAAUUCAUCAAAAAUUUUUAGAUUGCAAUAAUUUAAUGAAAUUGUCACAACACUUUGACAACACUAACUUGUUGACAAGUUCUACGAGCAAGGAACUUAUCGAUAAUGAGGAUAUCUAUACAAACGGUAGCACUAAUGUCGGUAACAGCAGUGAUAAUAUUAAUGAGAGUAUGAAUAAUCAUCGCGGUGUUACCAACAGUUGUAAUGGUUAUCUUAGAGAUUGGGUCGGCUUGAAGAUCAGUGAUCCGAAUGCAGAUUGUGAUCGUCCGCAUUAUCAUCAGCAUUAUCGUUAUAAAUAUUUUGAACAGAAUGACCUGAUCUUGAACAAAGUAUCCGGUAGUUCCAUUUACACUCCCACCAUUUCUAACGUGAAAUGUUCCAGUGGAACAACUUUAAACGGAUAUCAUCAUGCUGUAAACAGUCCUCAGAAUAACUGUUCACCUAGAAAUAUUCACAUUGCUUUCGUUCGUCGAGAAUCCUCUGAAUGUGGUCAUUCGAUAGCUGCACGUUAUCUCCAAAGCAAAUAUUCACCUGCUAAACUUCGUAGAUCACGACUUCGUGGAACGGACCAUUUAGUGAUCAAAUUCAAAAGGGAUUCACUUUCAAGGAAUUAUUAUCCUAGUGAAUUAGUGCCUAAUUCUAUUGCUCAAUACAAUGAACAGUCUGUUAAUGAUACAUCUUGUAAUACUACUGCUACUACUAUUACUACUUCUACUCCUACUAUCAUGGGUUUAAAUGAUAAUACUACUACAAGUAAUGCAAAUACAACUGUCACAACUCCUUCUUCUCCUUCACCUCCUUCACAUCCUGCUACUACAACUACUACUGCCAACAAUCAUAAUGGUAGUAGUGAUAAACGAAUACGCUGUGAACAAAAUACAGUUUUAUGCAUUUUAACUUCACCCCUCAACUACUCUUCAGCUUAUAAUCCAAGGAAUACAUGCUAUAACAGUAAUCGUCUUUUAUCACCAACUACACUGACCACUUCAUCAAUUGCCUCCAGAGUGAAAUGGGGAGCAAAUUUAACACUACAAUCAAAUUCCACUUCUAAUUAUCAUGAUUUCAAUGAGACAAAAAUUUCUUAUCCUAUGAAUCAAUAUCAGUCUGAGAUGAGCAAUAAAGAAUUGAGUCAACAUAUUGUUAAUGGUUUCAAUAGCCUACCAACAGGGAUUAGAAAAACUUCUCCAGAUGAGUUGGAUAGAAUAAUUCUACAUCCUAGACCUAGGAUACCUCCGAAACGUUUGGAUUUAGCCAAUCAAGAUCUUGAAUUGGCUUUAAAAAGGAGUCUCAGUGAUUGUACAAUGCGAUCACCUAAUAACAGUUACUAUAACAGUUCAAUUAAGAAAUCUCUACCGUAUACAGUUAGAUUAAAAAAUCAACGCAAUGUGAACAGAGAUUCAACAAAUAAAAAUCUUGCACAUCGAAGAAAAACAGUUAUCCGUCCAAAAAGAAGGCGGCAUCGACCAUUCACUUCACGCCGUCAGAAAUCUAAAAAUGGAAAUAUUAAAAGUCAACAUCAAUUUAAUGAAGACUUUUUUACAAUUAAUUCAGUAGAUAACAGUUUUUUCUCGAAUUACUCAAAUACUAUUUCCGAAGAUUCUGAAAUGAAUAACCCUAAUGAACAUAGUAGAAUUGUAAAUGAACAGAUAUCACGUCUUCCGUUGCCAAAAAUUACUUUGGCUAAAAAUAGUGAUGGAGAAUUUAAUGUAGUUGGAAAUCGUAACGAAAAUAUCAAAUUCUCUGAUAUUAUUAAUGAAGAACGUAAAAGUACUACUCAUAAAAUUGUUAGUAGUACAAGUAAUGAUUCUGAAAAUACAGAUAUUAGUGAUUGUUCACCUAAUACUACAAUAAUAUCAUGUAAAUAUUUAAAACGUAAAGCUGUGAAUAAAGAACGCACAAAUUAUCCUCCCAAUAAAAGAGCAAUGAAUACAAUUUCUCAGAGGAUUCCAGAAUUUGUCCAAAAAUCAGACUAUAAUGUAUAUGAUCUAUCUAUGGAAGAUGUUCAACAAGAUAUAAAUUCAAAAUUCGGAUUAUCUGAAGGGAUAGAAACUUCAAAAUCUAGUAAAACUGAAGAACUAAACUCUUCAUUUACAAAUGACUAUGAAUGUAAAUUUAUUGGGAAUAAUGUUCCAUCAUUGCAGCCUGCGAAUAUCCCAUCGACUUCAUUACCAUUGUUAUCACAACAAACAGAAACUCUUGAUCUUCAUGAAUUCAAUAGUUCUUUGGUCUCUUCUGCUGCUGUGGAACCUGUACAGUCUGUAGUAAAUAAUAUUCCAGUUAAUUCUUUUGUCCUUACAACAAAUAACAACACUUCAUGCAUUCAUUCUACAAAUUCAAUCAAUAGAGAUCUAAAUACUAAGUAUUUAUCACCAUUACAACCUGUUACAAUGUGGAGCCGUUUAGCCAAUCCUUUGCCAGCACCAGAUCCUCCAACUAAAUUAUUCAACACUAAACAUGUUCCAUUCCAGCGUUAUCCAUCUGUUGGUGAUAAAUGCCGGUUACCUUCAAUGUUCAUACCGAUUAAUUCUGUUUGCGGAAAUCAAGUCACCUCAGAAACACAGAUAACAAAACAAUUGCCUUGGUAUCCAAUUCCACAGUCUACAAACAUCCCACUUCCUGGGGCUGUUAACUUGCCUAGCGAAGUAUACUUCAAUCAUAAUGUGAAUGCUAAUCUAGUAGCAUUAUCUACAAAUCCUGUACAAUACUCAACACUUUGUAAUUAUGCUUCUUUGAAUGACUUAAAUUCUAGACAAUUUUUGCCAUGCUGUGAUAAAACUCAAUUAACCAGUCAGGUGUACUCAUCUCUUCCAGGUGUUGUCCAUUCUUCUCUACCUCCAGCACUAACACCAGCACAACUACCGUCAUUUUCUUCUCCUUAUUCUUCAUCUGCUUCAUCAUUUCUAUUCAAUGGAAAUCAAAUCCCUUGGUCAUGUUCAGCUAAUCAACUAAUUGUCAAUAAUCCUUUGAAUUCGUAUAUUUCAAAGUUAUCUGGAAAUAUUCCUAUGGGUUAUGAGACAUCAUUGAUAAUGCCACGUUGUGUGAAUCCACUCUUAAGCAAUACCAUAACUAGUCAUAAUAACUUUUUAUCAUAUCCUUUCUUGAUUCCUAAUCCAACACUUACAAACAUGACACAGUUGAACUCACCGACUUCAACACCUUUACCAGGAUCAUGUUCAUCAUCAUCAUCAUCAUCAUCAGUACAGUCUGUAUUGGGAACACCUUUUGUGCCCGCAACACAGAACUGUAAUAACAUCGGUAAUAUUUAUAAUUAUAACUGGAUUCCACCAUCUUAUUGAAUAAUUAUUUCUUUCUAGAUGUAUCAUAGCUAGUUAGUGAGUACUUGUGCAUACCCAAGUAUUAGUGUGUGUGUGUGUGUGUUGUUUGCCUAUAUCCUUGUGAUCAACUCAACUGUGAACGUAUUCUCCUGGUAACAAAACAGUUUUCUUUUUCUAAAGUUAAGCACAGUUAUGUGUAUUGACGUGCACACAUAUGGAUGGGUAUGCAUGGUGUACAUGCCAGGAGUGUAUACUAAUCCUCUCACUGUACUUUCCUUCCCCCCGCCGCCCUAUCUACUUUGUAUAUGUGCAGUAUUGGCCUGGUUUUCCAUUUUUCUCCAACUUUUCUUUACUUGAUAUAUUGACAGGAUAUUUUUAGUUCAGUUGUAUUCCGUAAAAGAUGAGUGAUACAAAUCAAAAUUUUGAGUAGACUUUAUGAUUUCUUUUUAUUGACUUGUGGAUUAUCCCCCUCUCUGUCUGUCUUUCCUGUUAUCUCUAUUGGUUGAAUGAUUGGAAACGAUCUGCUGGCACUUCGCCACUUGGAGUAUUCUUGUGAUGAUUAACAUUCACUGCGUAAAUUUAGCCUGGAGAAAACUGAUUUCCUGUGGAGUUACUUUUGAAUUUAUACUAGAGGUGUCGGGUCAUAUAUACUGUUUCUGAGCAAGUUACUGUAUACCAUUGAUAGACUCGACGUCAGAUAAGCGAAAUAGCCCUCUGGUGUUUCUAAACUACUCAAGUUGUUUAGCAGUAGUACAUUCGUUAAUUCAUGACACUUUCGUUCAGAGAUCACAUCUUGUCAUCUUCUCUGAGUGACUUUUGAUAGAAACCUUGCUGAUAUCGCAGUUAGGCAGUUGAAAAACUACUUAGUUAUGGGGAAGUGUUGACGUGAACCGUGGAAACUGUAAAUCAUCUGCAAACUGGUCAUCCUAAUCUUACAACAGUGAAUGGCUACUGAUCGAAUUCAGACUAUAACCAAUAAGUGACAUGUCAAGACAGUCUAAGACGGUCGACUGGAGUCGGUAGGGGAAUCUAUGAAGACAAAGAGUUCUCUUCAAGUUUUCAGGCUUAUUAUUGAAUUCCAGUAAGAGCGUAUCCUGUCCAUAUUUUCUUAUGAGUGGUUGAAUACCAGGUGGCCAACAUAAGUAUAUUGUGUGAUACUCAUAUAUUACCUGUACUAUGGUAAUCAGAAUUAUUCAGGUUAAAGAGUGUAAAUGUUUUAUUUAUUGCAUAAAUACUUGCUCAAAGUGUUUUGUUUUACAUGAACUGCUUUAAAUAAGAAAUAGAAAUUGUUUAUUGAUACUUGAAAUUUCC